CAACUUUUCACGCAGGCCAAGACUCAAGGCGAUUCAAUCACUGGGAUCGGUUAGGGUGCUUGUGGGCAUCGCAAGCACUGGGAAUACGACGCCAAAUGUUUUGCAGGUCGUGAUUCUGACAUUCAGGCAAGAUGGGCAAGAGGGCUCGAGGGACGGCGGACGCGUCAAAUCCGCACAAACGGCAGAAGGUCGUCCAUGAGGCACCAACGAGCGAGGAGAUCCACACGAGCCGGCAACUUAUGCAACUUCUCGCAUUCGAUCAGGACCUGCAGAAAGCAAGACACGGCUUACAAUCAUUCAAGGUCUUCCUCGACGGGCUGCUGUCGUCCGAAAAUGAGGCCGAUGAUGACAAGGUGCAAAUCUUGAGGGAAUACCUCGAGUCAGCUAAACGACAAGAUGGUGAAUUCGAGGCAACUUGUCUAUCAGACAUUAUGGAGACCUGGAGCUUCGCCGCUCAUGCAAAUCACGACAACAUCAUGUCAGCAGUUGCAGUGACUCUCGAUCUGCUCAUCAAAUUCAUAUCCAAGCGGCUUGAUUUCACGACGCUCGGCUUGAGCAUUGGCCGUACCUUAUUGCAGCCACGACAGCAAGAACUCAUCGCUCGGAAUUUGUCGGCCGACAAAGGCAAAGAGUUCAUUUUCUCACCAACACUGAGGCUUCUCAGAGAGCUCAUAUGCCUUGAUGGCGGGACUCUGGCUAAACCAAUGUUACGCGGACAGAGCCUCACUUUCAAAUCACUAGCACGGAAUAUGGGUAUCAAACAUCUUGGGACUGGGCUUGAAGAUGUGAAGAGACCCUCGGCCCGCACAAACGCUAUUCGAUUCUUCUUAAGCGCUCUCAAAUUUUUGCCCGCAGAGGGGAAGGCCGAACUCCUGUCACAAAGGGAGCUCCCCCCAGCACUGAUGAAAUCUUUAUUGGAUGACCCUCCAUAUCUCAUCUUCGAGAUCCUGGAAACGCUGAGGAAUCACGUCAUCAAGGACAGCAAACUAGCUGGUUACUCGAAGAGCAAGCUGCUCAAUUCCACGACUCUUGGGCGUCUGGCAUCACUUUACCAGUACAAGCAUGACAGCGCGGCGGCCGAGGGCUCUGGCCCAACGGUGGAACAGGCAGUCCACGAGUUUCUUAUGUUGGCCUGUACAUCACCAUCAGCCGGCAUUCUGAGGCCACAGUCAGGCUACUACCCACGAACAAUUGACCCAGAUGCGGCUCGACUCCCUUCGGCUGAGGAUGAGGUAGAACCUGGAUUGGAAAGCAUAACCUGGCUGAACAGAUUCAAAGAUGACGUUCCGGUUCGUAACAUCAUCUUGGCCGAUUUUAUCCAGAGCUCGAGUUUACGUCCUUGGUCGAACCAGAAACACAGUGAACUCUUAGUCACUGUUUUCGAAGCUGCCCCGGAGUUAGUUGCACACUACUUCAUCAACAAACGAUCCUUCACAUUCGAACCUAAGUUGUCGGCGACGUGGAUUGGCUACUCAGCAUUCUUGUUCAAGACAAUUCAAUCGCCCUUGCCCGAUUUCUUCGGCCACAAGAAUGGAUACGCCCUGCUCCCUCCACCAACAUCAAUCAUCAUAGACAACAUAAUACCGCUCCCGAUGGAUCAGAAAAUCCUUGUCAAGUGCCUGAUGCAAAAGACAGAGCUCAUAUCGUUUGUGGCCGUCAGGCUACUUGUGAUGGCCAUACAAAAGCUUCAGAACGCCCUGAAGAUGCAUGCUGAUGCGGCAAAGACUCAAAGCAAACCCAUGUGGGACGAUUCUGCGAGGAAGCUCGUCGAUGCGUUCUGUCAACGAGCUCCGGGUAUCAAAGAAGUCAUUUCUUGCUACCGAGAAGUUGGCGUUUCUGACCUUCUUCAGCGAGAGGCAGCAAGCAAAUUACUAAGGCUUUACUACGAGGUCAUUCCCCAGGUGGCAUUGAUGGCCAAGUUCGACGUUUCACCGCUACUAAUCACCGCAAUCCAACGCUUAGAUGAAGCCGAGGAGAGUUCGGAAGACAGAGCACUUCGCCUAGUCGAGCUGGAGAAUCUUCUCGCGAUCUCUGGGUAUUCUCCGGGGAUGAGGUGGUUUUCUAAAGCUCAAGGGCUGUCAGUGUCACCAUUCGUAGCCUUGUUGAAGGUCUCCGUGGCUGCUCCCACCGGUGUAUCGCUUGAAGGACUUAAGGCUGCCCUUGGAGCUGUUGCGGCAGAGCACCAACUUAUUCAGUCUGCGAGCGGCGACUCCUUACCGCUACUGACAGCUCUACAUUCCAUAAGAGGCUCCCAAGACCUUGCCUCUUGUGAUGCUUUGUGGACGCUGCUUGAUAACAGCACAUCUCGAUGUGCUACGACGCCUAUUAAGUAUCUUGAGAUGCUCCAGGAUCAUGUCGCUGUCGAGCAGAGUGAUGUCACCGCAUUAUCGGGCUUAUUGAGCCCCUUUACCUUUGCUCUACUAGAGCAGUUGCCUUUCGUUCUCAGCUCAGCAGGAGAAGAGCAGAUAUCAGUCCUGGCCAACCUCGUCGCUGUUUACAUGUCACACACAAAAACUUUGGGCAACGGCGAUAGUGGGUUCGACGCACUCCGCGAGAAGUGCGAAUUGGCCUUUUCUGAUAACCCCAGUGGGAAGAAGUUGAUCAAGAAGUACACAAAACAAGCUAAUGCCACACACGAGUUGCAGAGCUGGGGGGCAGACUUCUCUACGGGCGAAGAUGAGCACACAGCCAAGACUGAGGAUAGUCAGAAGGGAGGAAGCUUCUUGUCAGAGGAUGCGCUGGCUGAGAUACUUUCUACCCCAUCGUCUUUGACCCAGGACAACUCAGCACUGUCGAAAUGGGCGACCAAGGAGGCGGAUGAGCUCGUUGAGGAGGGACAUGCAGCGUCCGUUGCGUCCUUACUUGGGUCGGAACACACCAGCAUUCGAAAAGAAGCACUCGUCAAUAUCGCGAAAAUGGCUGCCAAGAUCAAGGACUCAUCAUACGAAGAGAAAGAUCAGGUGUUCCUUUUGCUAAUGGAACUUGUUGAGUCGUGCAAAGGCCACGUGGACACAGGCCCGAUACCCAACUAUAUCGUGGCGUUCACACGGAAUGCGCUGGAAGUGCUGCAGAACCCUCUGCAUUGCAUGUAUGGAAAGUUGAACAAGUUCCUUAUCAAGGGCCCAACUUGGAAGCUCGACAGGAUGCCUUUGGUCUACGACGUCCUGUCAGAUGGACCAGAACUCGACGAUGCUUAUUACUCCGAGCUCAGCUGGCUAUUCUCUUAUCUACUGGACGGCUUACAAGGAGAGCCAGACAUGGCCCUGUAUCACAAUACACGCCUGUUCGAGCGGUUGCUGUCCCUGGCAAGCAAUCCGUACAUGCGGCCGAGCCUCACGACCCAGAUCCUGAGGAUAGUCUAUAAGGCAACGUGCAUCAAAGGUGGGAGCACAACUCUCAUCACUAGAUUUGGUAUCGUGAGCUGGCUCGAGAUGCGGAGUGGCAUGUGCGAUUCUGAGCGUGAGAUUUGCAAGGCCCUUCUGAGGAGGACAUGGGAAACGUCAGACAAGGAACGAGUUUCUGAGUGGAGCAAUGGUGGCAUUCAGGAUGCUGUGCAAAGGCAUUAAGUCAACUUCAAUAGAUUCAAGAAAAUGUGAAAAUGUAAUUACGGAG